GAUGACACCAUUGAAAUGUUACCAAAAUCAAGAAGAGCUCUUACCAUUCAAGAGAUUGCUGCAUUAGCGCGAUCCUCCCUGCAUGGUAUUUCCCAGGUAGUGAAGGACCAUGUGACAAAGCCUACAGCAAUGGCUCAGGGCAGAGUAGCCCAUCUCAUAGAGUGGAAAGGCUGGUGUAAGCCUAUGGACACUCCAGCAGCCCUUGAAUCAGACUUCAACUCUUAUUCUGACCUCACUGAGGGAGAACAGGAGGCCCGCUUCGCUGCUGGUGUGGCAGAGCAGUUUGCCAUCGCGGAGGCUAAGCUAAGAGCCUGGUCUUCUGUGGACGGCGACGAGUCCAACGAUGACUCAUAUGACGAAGACUUUCUGCCUGCCAACGAGCCCACCACACAGAGCACAGAUGUGCCGUCAUAUCCUCCCUACUUGAAGGACCUGAUCCACAGCCAGCUUUGCCAACACCUUGGCCUGCGAGGGCCCUGUUGUGAGGGUGGAGGCAGAGGUGGAGAGGGAGGUGGCAGCGAAGAGCCUUCCCCCACAGCAGGCUCCCCGGAUACCCUCUGCUCCAGCCUCUGCAGCCUGGACGAGCACCACCCGCUGCUGCGUGACCUGGGCGGCCACCGCGGCAUCCAUUCCCAUAGCACCGCCGCCGAGCUUGCCGCAAAGAUCCUAUCGGCACUGCAGGGAGGGGAGGAGCUUUUGGCCCGACUUCAAAGGGCUGGGCAGAGCGGGCCGGGUGGGGGGGACUGUGUCUUCCACAGCCUGGGUGGAGGAGGGCGGGGUAUCAUGCCCUGUGGGAGUCAGGACUCUCCUUGCUACUCCACGUCUUACUCUGAGACUUACCUGUCACCAGGUGAGGAUGACGACACCCCCUGCAAGGACUAUGAGAGCACCAUGUGCCAGGUGGAGGCAGAGGGAAAUGGGGUGGAGUACCCGCCCGACUACGACCCACGCAGGAGGGUCUCUGACGUGGCCUCCUCUGGAGUGGUGUCACUGGAUGAGGAGGAUGAAGAGGAGGAGGAGGAGGAGGAGAAGGCAGGAGAGCCAAACAACCAAUGACUCCUCUCUUGUCACUCCAGCGUUUCAUCCCUCCGGGCUCUUUGGAAGGUUUUCUUUUCUGCAUCAA